UGAAAGUGGCUGCAUUGUAAAUAUUUCUACACGUGUGUAUAUUUGUUUUAUACUGAUAUUUACAAAACGAAUGAUUAUAUUAUUUUUAUGUAGCCGUUUACCAUCUAUUUGGAUAUAGAUAACCUUAUGAACUGAUAAAGCUAAAUGUUAUUUAAACUAUUUAUUACUGGUACAAAAUCAAGACUGAGGUGUACUUCAGUAAUGUCAUCUUUAAACGAAGCCAAAAAAUUAGCAGCCUAUAGAGCCGUGGACGAACAUGUUCUCGAUGGUCAUGUUGUGGGGAUAGGUAGUGGUUCGACGGCAGUUUUCGCAGUAAACAGACUCGCAGAACGUUUCAAACAAGAAAAUAUCAAGAUAAAAUGUAUACCAACGUCUUUCCAAUCUCGACAACUGAUUAUAUCUCAUGGACUACCCUUAAUCGAUUUAGAAUUACAACCCGAAUUGGAUGUUUGUAUAGACGGUGCCGAUGAGGUUGAUAGAAACUUGACUUUGAUUAAAGGAGGUGGCGGUUGUCUUUUACAAGAAAAAAUAGUGGCGAGCUGUUCUAAGAAACUUGUUAUUAUUGCCGACUACACCAAAGAUUCACAAAAAUUAGGAGAACAAUAUAAGAAAGGUAUUCCUAUUGAAGUAUCUCCCAUGGCUUAUGUUCCUAUUAAAAUGAGAAUCGAAAGGAAUUUUGGAGGUACUGUAGUGCUUAGGGAAGCGGUUAUGAAAGCUGGACCUGUAGUCACGGAUAAUGGUAACUUCAUACUAGAUUGGAGAGAUUAUAACCCGGAUUAUGAUUGGAAAAGUGUAAAUUUGGAGUUGCUGCAAAUGCCUGGUGUUGUGGAAACUGGUUUGUUCGUGGAUAUGGCGGAAAUUGUGUAUUUUGGCAUGAAAGAUGGAUCCGUUAAAAUCACCCCUCACCCAAAUAAUUAUGUUGAUAAAAUAUGCUGAUAUUAUUAGGUGAUCUAAUUGUUUUUAUAAAAUUUUGCUCAAUUAAUUUUAAGAUUAAUAACUUGAAGUUUGGGUUGAUCGUUCAUAAAAGUAUUUUACUACAUUUUAUAAUAUAUUGUUUAUUGUAUUUUUUUUUCCUGAUUUGGAAGCUGAUGAUUCAAUUUUUAAACCUUCACAUAAUUAUUUUAUAAGAGAAUUGGGUUAUAGAGUUUAUAUUUUCCUAUAAAAUGUUGAUUCAAUUGAAACAUGACAAAAUUUAAAUUGAUAUUAUAUAAAUAUUAAAAAUGAA